AAUAAAACCAUGGAAGAGUCGAGAUCGUACAGAAGGGAGAGGAAGCAGACGAAGAAGAAGAAGAAAACGGGCCGUGGAUCAGGUUCUGGAUUCGGGUCAAUCCAGAUGGAAAUGAGGAGGCUCCGAGUUCUAAUACCGGGCGGGCGAAGGUUGAACCAACCGGAUCUGCUUAUAUCAAAGACUACUGAUUACGUUAUGCAUUUAAAGUUGAGGAUUAGGUUUCUCAAAACCAUACUCUCAAAACUGAUAGUUUAGUUUGUUUGCUAGUUUUCUUAUUCUUCAUCUUCUUCGUUUCUUGUUAUUAAAAUUUUCUUUUUUAUAUUUGUAUGUUUAUCACAAACUAUUUCGCGUUUGAAAUUUGUUACUUCGUAACUCAUGGAAUUUGUUUUUCCAUGAUUUAGAUGAAAUUUAUU